AUGAUUUCAUCAGUGUCUUAUGUGACACUUAGGCUGGCCGACGAAGUGGAAACAAGGAGCCGGGCACGAACUCAAUCGCUAGAAGAGGCGCGGGGAACAUGGCCAAGGAUGCCAGAUGGAUAUCUUGCUGUCAGCUCGCGGAUCACGAGAUACUUGAAGAUAUCGCCAAUCAGGCUUCGAAAACGUUCGGAGACACUUAAUCCAGAGGUUGCGAAUCUUGAUACCUGCUCGAUGUUCCCCUUGCACGUUCCUACAUCUUGUUUCCAAUCGCGGACUGUGACUCAGUCGCUGUCGAUUUGGUAUUCGACCGAGCCGGAUGUUUCGGACCACCCUGCCCCCUCAAAAUGGAUCGCAUACAUCAAGACGUUUCCAAUUAACAGCGGAAUCCCUAAGCCUGCUCCGUAUCUUGUUAAUUAUCCAUUCCUCGAGCUAAGAGAGCUGGCAGCCUGUUCCAUCCUGAGAGGAGGGAAGCGAGGCUGUCCUUAUUUACAGCUUUCGGGUCGUGUUGUGCACAUCUUAGCUCUUGAUAUCUCCAUAAUGUGUGGAAUAGAUUAG